CCUGUGUCGAAGAGGACCAGAAGCCCGGGGCAGAAGAAGUACAAAUUAGACUUUCAUUAUGAAAAUAACAGCAUAGAAACCCGUUUUUCAAACAGAGACAGAUAUACUUAAUCUUAUUAGGCAGCAAGUAUAUCAAUUUACACGACUAUUAAAAAUGCCUAAUUUCAGCGCUCUCGCUGGACUGUUUGAAAUCCAACGGAACUAAUGGGACACGCGGGCUUAAAAUAAAUCCUUUUUGGUGAAUGACACUUUAUCAGAAAGCCUACGUGAUAGCAACGGAGAGACACGCACGGAAGUGCGGACAUGGCUGACAGGACUGCUCCUAACUGCCACCUGAGACUGGAGUGGGUGUACGGAUACCGGGGACAUCAGUGCCGCAACAACCUGUACUAUACCGCCGCAAAGGAAAUUGUCUAUUUUGUCGCCGGUGUGGGAGUUGUGUACAACACUCGGGAACACAAGCAGAAAUUUUACCUGGGGCACAACGAUGACAUAAUAAGUCUCGCACUACAUCCGGAGCGUGUGUUGGUGGCCACGGGACAGGUGGGCAAGGAGCCUUACAUAUGCGUAUGGGACUCCUACACUGUGCAGACUGUAUCUAUCCUCAAGGAUGUGCACACACACGGCAUCGCCUGCCUGGCCUUCGACCUUGAGGGACAGUGUUUGGUAUCUGUCGGCUUGGACUCCAAAAACACAAUCUGUGUGUGGGACUGGAGAAGAGGAAAGGUUCUGGCAGCAGCUCCCGGUCAUACAGACAGGAUAUUUGACAUAUCGUGGGAUUUGUACCAGCCCAGCAAGCUUGUAAGCUGUGGUGUCAAACAUAUCAAGUUUUGGAGCUUAUGCGGUAAUGCUCUGACACCCAAACGUGGCGUUUUUGGCAAAACAGGGGAUCUCCAAACCAUUCUUUGCCUUGCCUGCGCCAAGGAUGAAGUCACAUAUUCAGGUGCCUUGAAUGGUGACAUAUACGUUUGGAAAGGGAUUAACCUGAUGAGGACGGUUCAAGGAGCUCAUGGGUCAGGGAUUUUCAGCAUGAAUGCCUGUGAAGAGGGCUUUGCUACUGGGGGCCGGGACGGCUGCGUCCGGCUGUGGGAUCUCAACUUCAAACCAAUUACUGUCAUUGAUCUCAGGGAAACAGACCAAGGAUAUAAAGUAGCUAGAGGUGAAAAUAGCCGAGGGUUGUCUGUUCGCAGUGUGUGCUGGCGAGGAGAUCACAUCUUAGUGGGCACACAGGACAGUGAGAUCUUUGAGGUGGUGGUCCACGACCGCAACAAGCCCUUCCUCAUCAUGCAAGGUCACUGUGAGGGUGAGCUGUGGGCGCUGGCCGUGCAUCCCACUAAGCCUCUGGCCAUGACGGGAAGUGACGACCGCUCAGUCAGGAUAUGGAGCCUUAUAGAUCAUGCACUGAUAGCUCGCUGCAACAUGGAGGAGCCAAUCCGCUGUGCAGCUGUGAGCACUGAUGGUAUUCACCUGGCACUGGGAAUGAAAGAUGGCUCAUUUACCGUUCUAAGAGUCAGAGAUAUGACAGAGGUGGUCCACAUCAAGGACAGGAAAGAGGCCAUCCAUGAGCUGAAGUACUCCCCUGAUGGAGCCCACUUGGCUGUCGGCUCUAAUGAAAACUCAGUAGACAUCUAUGGUGUAGUGCAGAGGUACAAGAAAGUGGGGGAGUGCAUUGGCUCCAGCAGUUUCAUCACACACAUGGAUUGGUCCACGGAUAGCAAAUACCUCCAGACCAAUGACGGCAGUGGCAGGAGGCUCUUCUACAGGAUGCCAAGUGGGAAGGAAGUGACCAACAGGGAGGAGCUGAAGCUGGUUCAGUGGGCUUCAUGGACAUGUGUGUUGGGCCCUGAAGUUAAUGGAAUAUGGCCCAAGUACUCAGAUAUAAAUGACAUCAACUCUGUUGACGCCAACUUUAACAAUCAAGUCUUAGUAACAGCUGAUGACUAUGGAUUAGUCAAACUGAUGCGAUAUCCAUGUAUAAAAAAGGGGGCAAAAUUUAAAAAGUAUUUAGGUCACUCAGCCCAUAUAACUAAUGCUAGAUGGUCACAUGACUACCAGUGGGUCAUAACUAUUGGUGGUGCAGAUCACUCAGUGUUCCAGUGGAAGUUUGUUUCUGAAAGAAAGUCUAAAGAGGCUCUGCAUAUAGCACCACAAGAGACCUUGGCAGAUUCUAACAGUGAAGAAUCAGACUCUGAUCAGUCAGACGUGCCUGAGAUGGACUCAGAAAUUGAGCAGGAGACACAGCUCACAUAUCGACGACAGGUUUAUAAAGAAGAUCUACCUCAGCUCAAAGAACAGUGCAAAGAAAAACAUCGAUCAAUGGCCAUGAAGAAGAGAGAACAAGCACCGGGAAGUUGUAUAAAACUGCACUUCAUUCAUGGCUACAGGGGCUAUGAUUGCAGGAGCAACCUGUUCUACACCCAGACAGGGGAGAUCGUCUACCAUGUAGCUGCAGUAGGGGUUGUGUACAACAGACAGCAAAAUACUCAGCGUUUCUACAUGGGCCAUAAUGAUGAUAUCCUCUGUCUGGCUAUACAUCCCUUGAAGGACUUUGUAGCGACAGGCCAGGUUGGCAGAGACUGCCCAUUACACAUAUGGGACACGGAAACUUUGAAGCCCUUGUCUGUCUUGAAAGGUUUUCACCAGCACGGAGUGUGUGCGUUGGACUUUUCAGCGGAUGGCAAACGGCUCGCCUCGGUUGGUCUGGAUGACAAUCACACCAUUGUGCUGUGGGACUGGAGAAAGGGGGAGAAGCUCUCUGCCAUGCGAGGAAGCAAGGACAAGAUAUUUGUUGUGAAAAUAAACCCCUACCUUCCAGACAAGCUCAUCAGUGCUGGUGUGAAGCACAUGAAGUUUUGGCAUAAAGCCGGUGGUGGGCUAAUUGGGCGCAAGGGGAACAUGGGGAAGACAGAGACUAUGAUGUGUGCUGUGUACGGCUGGUCAGAGGAGAUGGUGUUUUCAGGCACUUGCACGGGGGACAUUUGCAUCUGGAGAGACAUGUUUUUGAUGAAGACUGUCAAAGCUCACGAUGGCCCUGUUUUUAGUAUGCACGCUCUGGAAAAGGGAUUUGUGACAGGAGGAAAGGAUGGUAUAGUAGCUCUGUGGGAUGACACUUUUGAGAGAUGCCUCAAGACCUAUGCCAUCAAGAGAGCAGUCCUAGCUCCAGGCUCCAAAGGGCUGCUAUUGGAGGAUAAUCCUUCCAUACGUGCCAUAUCUCUCGGCCAUGGCCACAUCCUGGUGGGGACCAAGAAUGGCGAGAUCUUGGAGGUGGACAAGAGUGGCCCCAUCACUCUGCUGGUGCAGGGUCACAUGGAGGGUGAAGUGUGGGGCCUGGCCACUCAUCCUCAUCUCCCUCUCUGUGCUACCGUCAGCGAUGACAAAACCCUACGCAUAUGGGACCUCUCUCCAAGCCACUGCAUGCUGGCUGUACGCAAACUCAGGAAAGGAGGCCGUUGCUGCUGCUUCUCCCCCGAUGGAAAGGCCUUAGCGGUUGGCCUGAAUGACGGCAGUUUCCUUAUUGUGAACGCAGACACCUUGGAGGACCUGGUGUCCUUCCACCACCGCAAGGACAUCAUCUCAGAUAUCAAGUUCUCUCCAGGAGCCGGCAAGUACCUUGCAGUAGCCUCAGGAGACAGUUUUGUGGACAUUUACAAUGUAAUGAGUAGCAAACGGGUAGGAGUGUGCAAAGGAUGCCUCAAUUACAUCACUCAUCUGGACUGGGACAAGAGAGGAAAACUACUUCAGGUUAACACUGCGGCUAAAGAGCAGUUUUUUUUCGAAGCUCCGCGUGGGAAGAGGCAGACCAUCCCGGCUACAGAGGUGGAGAAGAUUGACUGGAGCACAUGGACGUGUGUCCUUGGGCCAUCUGUUGAGGGCAUCUGGCCUGUGAUCAGCGAGGUCACUGAGGUGACCGCUGCCUGCCUUAGUAAUGACAGGAGGGUGCUAGCAACAGGUGAUGACCUAGGAUAUGUCAAGCUCUUCAGAUACCCUGUCAAGGGGAAGUAUGCAAAGUUCAAACGCUACGUGGCACACAGCACACAUGUUACCAACGUGCGAUGGACCCAUGAUGACAGCCUCCUGGUGACUGUGGGUGGGGGUGACACAUGCCUCAUGAUCUGGGCCCAUGAGCCUGAGAGCCUUCGGGAAUUCAAACUGUGCGACAGUGAGGAAUCAGAUAUUGAGAGUGAAGACGAUGGAGGUUAUGACAGCGAUGUGACCAGGGAGAACGAGAUCAACUACACCAUCAAGGCCUUAUCCACCAACAUACGACCAAUGACGGGAGUAAAGCCCCACCUGCAGCUAAAGGAGCCUUCCGUCGAUGAAAGACAAGGGGUGGUCAGAGGAUCAAGGCCUCCUGUCAGCAGAGCGUUGCCACAGCCAGAGAAGCUGCAGACCAACAAUGUUGGCAAGAAGAAGAGGCCCAUUGAGGACCUGGUGCUGGAGCUGGUGUUUGGUUACCGUGGCAAUGACUGCCGCAAUAACGUGCACUACCUGAACGAGGGGGCGGACAUCAUCUAUCACACCGCCUCAGUCGGCAUCGUACUCAAUUUGACAACUUCCUGCCAAAGUUUCUAUGUAGAACACAGUGACGACAUUCUGUGCCUGACAAUCAAUCAACACCCCAAAUUCCCCAACGUGGUGGCAACUGGCCAAGUAGGUGAUACUGGUGACAUGUCAGCCACAUCCCCUUCUAUACAUGUGUGGGAUGCCAUGACCAAGCAGACGCUAUCAGUGCUGCGCUGUUUCCACUCCGGUGGAGUUUGUUCUGUCAGUUUCAGUGCCACAGGAAAACUCCUGCUGUCUGUUGGCCUGGACCCUGAACACACCAUCGCUGUCUGGAAGUGGCAAGAAGGUGCCAAAGUGGCCAGCCGGAUGGGUCACACUCAGAGGAUCUUUGUGGCUGAGUUUCGACCCGACUCUGACACACACUUUGUGUCUGUGGGCAUCAAACAUGUGCGUUUCUGGACAUUGGCUGGUCGAGCUUUGCUUUGUAAGAAAGGUGUGCUAAGCUCCAUCGAAGACGCCCGGAUGCAGACCAUGCUGUCUGUAGCAUUUGGAGCUAAUGACUUGACAUUUACAGGUACCAUAAGUGGGGAUGUGUGUGUAUGGAAGGAACACAUUCUAGUAAGAAUAGUGGCCAAAGCUCAUACGGGCCCUGUGUUCACUAUGUACACCACACUGAGAGAUGGCCUCAUUGUCACUGGAGGCAAAGAAAGACCGUCAAAGGAAGGUGGUGCUCUGAAACUGUGGGAUCAGGAGUUGAAACGCUGCAGAGCUUUUCGAUUAGAAACAGGACAGAUUAUAGACUGCGUUCGCUCAGUAUGCCGAGGGAAGGGUAAAAUCCUUGUCGGGACUAGAAACGCAGAGAUCAUUGAAGUGGGUGAGAAAAAUGCUGCAUGCAACAUCUUGGUGAAUGGACAUAUGGAAGGACCGAUAUGGGGUUUGAGCACUCAUCCCUCCAGAGAUGUAUUUCUGUCUGCUGCAGAGGACGGCACUGUCCGUCUGUGGGAUAUCACAGAAAAGAAGAUGUUAAAUAAGGUGAACUUGGGCCACCCAGCACACGCCAUCAGCUACAGUCCUGAGGGAGACAUGGUUGCCAUCGGCAUGAAGAAUGGAGAGUUCAUUAUUCUGUUGGUAGCUUCACUCAAAAUCUGGGGAAAGAAAAGGGACCGACGCUCUCCUAUUCAAGAUAUUAGGUUCAGUCCAAAUUCUUGUUACUUGGCUGUCGGAUCCACUGAAUGUGCCGUUGACUUCUACGACCUGACACUCGGCCCUCAGCUGAACCGCAUAAACUGCUGCAGGGACAUCCCCAGCUUCGUCAUGCAGAUGGAUUUCUCUGCUGACAGCACUUACGUUCAGUUAUCCACAGGUGCUUAUAAACGCCUUGUUUAUGAAGUGCCGUCUGGGAAGCAGAUCACAGAACAGUCCCAUAUUGACAGGAUCACCUGGGCCACCUGGACAAGUGUCCUUGGAGACGAGGUCAUUGGGAUCUGGUCCCGUAACACUGACAAAGCGGACAUCACCUGUGCCUGUGUGUCCCAUUCGGGCCUUAACAUCAUCACAGGCGAUGAUUUUGGAAUGGUAAAGCUGUUUGACUUUCCCUGUCCGGAGAAGUUUGCCAAACACAAACGCUUUCUAGGCCAUUCUGCUCAUUUGACCAACAUACGCUUCACAAAUGGAGAUCGUUUUGUCGUCAGUGCUGGCGGAGAUGACAGAAGCCUCUUUGUGUGGAGAUGUGCCCAUGCCCUGCACUGAAAAAUCCCACCUGGACCAACCCUUGCUGAGAGAGUAUGGGCGUCUCCUAGGAUAGAUCUCCAGAGAAAAGAAGAGAUGCAUUUAAGUGAUGAGGAGGAGGACAGACCUGGCAGCUUGAUAAUUAGUUAUCGUGGUGAUUCGACUUACUGCCUCAAAUCUAGGUGCAUGCAUAUGUGCAAGGCUCAUUUUCAUCACAGUCCUGAUUGUUAAAAAAAGGUGAUGGGUGUACAGCCCUGCUCAUAUGAUGUCAUAGUAUCAUUGAGAUAAACAUAGAAAAAGAAUUUAUUGUGUCCACAUCAUUCAGUGAUGGUUUUUUUUUCUGAAAAUGAGCUUACCUGUGUACAUUUUGCCACUUGGCAGGCCUAUGAAAUUGUGUUACUGACAAUGCCAUUUUUCAAAACAUGUAGCAAACAGAAUUAGCCUUAAUCUAAGUGUCUGUGAGGGUUUGGAUUCUUUUUAUAUCUUUUGUUUUACUUUUUGGAUCAUGUAGUCAUUUGUUCUAUUUUUACUAGUAACUCCAAACCCUGUGGCCUUCCUCCUGAAUGUAACAUCCACUGUUAUGUUCUGGAUGUCAGCAUGCCAAAGCAUACUAUGCACUGUAUACCUGACCUGGUCACUGUGUUGCCCUAGUGAUUCAUCUAUGAGUUGCAUUGUUGUGUUGUUGACUGGUUGAUCUCAAACCUCCCUCAGCAGUGUUCCCCUAAUGAAAUGUUAAUGUGUGCAUCCUUGUUUGAGGAUUUGUUUGUGGUUAAUGGGUGUGCAUGGCUUACUGGAAGACAAUCUGUCCAAACCAAAUUCCUCAGAAAACAAAGAAAACUGCUGUAUAAUGAUACUUAAUGCACUGUUGCAAUUCUUUUGGUUACUUUUGUGUGUGCUGCUAUGAUAUAUUAUUGUUGCAUUUUAAUGAAUAUGAAAAGUGUGACUUUUAUCAACAGUUAAAGUAAUGUUUUGUGUCAUGAGAUGUAUUGCGUAAAUGGAAUGUUUAUCAGAGAGAAUAUAAAAAGUGCAAAACAGUUUCCUCAUAUCUAAGACUAAAUACUAAACAAAUGUUGCUGCAUUAUUUGAUUUACAUUUAAUCAGUGUACAUAUCAUUUGUAGAUAUUCUUUUUGUAUAUUUUUGUGAGAUGUUUCUUAAAUUUCAUUUUAAUAAAAAAAAAAUAAACAAAUAAAAAAGGA